CCUGCGUGACAGAGUGAAACUCGCUGUUGGGAUUUGUACAGAAGCAGAAACUCGCGUCACCCCUCCGCCCCCAUACUCCCACAAUGCUUUUAAAUGAAAGCUCUAAUUAAUCCAUAUAUGGACACACGGACUCUGAGCCACGCCUGGAUCACCUCCUGCUUUUCGGGCCUGCUGUAGCCUGUGGUCGCCCUGCCCCGCUGCUCUGUGGAAGUUCAGGAACUCGGUCACCGCCCCGCCCGGACGCGCUCCCCCCACCAACCCUCCGCCUCAUCCAUUGUUGGGAAACAGCCUGCGACAUCGAAACAAUCUCUGGGCAAAACUUUACAGAUAUCGAGAAACCAUGACGAGCAUUAACACAGCAAACAUCAACUUCAAAUGGGAUCCAAAGAGUCUAGAGAUCCGUACUCUAGCUGUGGAGAGGCUGCUCGAGCCUCUGGUAACACAGGUCACUACGUUGGUCAAUUCCAGCAACAAAGGGCCUUCGAACAAGAAGAAGGGACGUUCCAAAAAGGCUCAUGUUUUGGCUGCAUCAGUGGAAACUGCUACCCAGAACUUCCUGGAGAAAGGAGAAAAGAUUGCGAAGGAGAGCCAGUUUCUAAAGGAUGAGCUGACAGCUGCCGUGGAAGAUGUCCGCAAGCAAGGUGAUUCGAUGCGCCAGGCUUCUGGAGAAUUUGCCGAAGACCCCUGCUCCUCUGUGAAGCGGGGCAACAUGGUUCGUGCUGCCAGAGCCCUCCUCUCAGCAGUCACACAUCUGCUGGUGCUGGCGGACAUGUCUGACGUCUACAAACUUCUACUGCAACUGAAACUGGUGGAGGACAGUCUGGUAAAGGUGCGCAAUGCAGGAACGGAGCAAGACCUGGGGAUCCAAUACAAAGCGCUGAAACCAGAAGUGGACAAGCUUAACAUCAUGGCUGCAAAGAGACAGCAGGAACUAAAAGACGUCCAACACAAGGACCAGAUGGCUGCCGCUCGUGGUGUUUUGCAGAGAAACAUACCCAUGCUGUACACAGCGUCCCGUGCCUGCCUGCAGCACCCUGACGUGGCUGCCUACAAGGCCAACCGUGACCUGAUCUACAAGCAGCUGCAGCAUGCAGUCUCUGGAAUCUCCAAUGCGGCUCAGGCCACUGCCACUGAGGACUCGGCACUCAGUCACCCCGCAGGAGGUGGAGAGCUCGCCUACGCCCUCAACAAUUUUGAUAAACAAAUCAUCGUGGACCCCUUGGCGUUUACUGAGGAGCGCUUCCGACCCUCCCUGGAGGAGCGACUUGAGAGCAUUAUCAGUGGUGCUGCCCUUAUGGCCGACUCUUCAUGCACACGUGAUGACCGCAGGGAGCGCAUUGUGGCUGAAUGCAAUUCUGUGCGCCAGGCUCUUCAGGACCUCCUGUCUGAGUACAUGGGCAACGCUGGACGGAAAGACAGGAGUGAUGCUUUGAACACAGCAAUUGACAGGAUGACCAAGAAAACCAGAGACCUUCGCAGACAGCUGCGUAAAGCUGUGAUGGACCACGUCUCCGACUCCUUCCUGGAGACCAACGUUCCUCUGUUGGUGCUGAUCGAAGCAGCCAAGAAUGGCAACGAGAAAGAAGUCAAGGAGUACGCUCAGGUGUUUCGUGAGCACGCCAACAAGCUGAUUGAGGUGGCCAACCUCGCAUGUUCCAUCUCAAACAACGAGGAAGGAGUGAAGCUGGUGCGCAUGGCCGCGUCACAGCUGGAAACUCUCUGCCCACAGGUGAUUAAUGCAGCGUUAGCCCUUGCUGCCAAGCCCAACAGUAAGGUGGCCCAGGACAAUAUGGAUUUGUUCAAGGAGCAAUGGGAGAAGCAGGUCCGCGUCCUCACCGAUGCUGUCGAUGAUAUAACUUCCAUCGAUGACUUCCUGUCUGUUUCCGAAAACCACAUCCUGGAGGACGUCAACAAGUGCGUCAUCGCUCUGCAGGAGAAAGACGUCGAUGGUUUGGAUCGCACCGCCGGGGCCAUUCGGGGCCGAGCCGCCAGAGUGGUCCACGUGGUCACUUCUGAAAUGGACAACUAUGAGCCGGGGGUCUACACAGAGAAGGUCUUGGAGGCCACUAAACUCCUCACAGACACAGUCAUGCCACGGUUCACGGAGCAGAUCGAGUCUGCAGUGGAGGCUUUGAGCGCGAAUCCCACACAACCUGUGGAUGAGAACGAGUUUAUUGAUGCAUCCCGCCUGGUGUAUGAUGGCAUUCGUGACAUUCGUAAGGCUGUCCUCAUGAUCAGGACUCCAGAGGAGUUGGACGACUCCGACUUUGAGACCGAAGACUUUGAUGUCCGCAGCAGGACCAGCGUGCAGACAGAGGAUGACCAACUUAUUGCUGGCCAGAGCGCACGGGCUAUCAUGGCCCAGUUGCCCCAGGAGCAGAAGGCGAAGAUCGCAGAACAGGUGGCCAGCUUCCAAGAAGAGAAGAGCAAGCUGGAUGCUGAGGUGUCCAAGUGGGAUGACAGCGGCAAUGACAUCAUUGUGCUGGCUAAGCAGAUGUGCAUGAUCAUGAUGGAGAUGACAGACUUCACCAGGGGUAAAGGACCUCUGAAGAACACAUCCGAUGUCAUCAGUGCUGCCAAGAAGAUUGCAGAGGCUGGAUCAAGAAUGGACAAACUGGGUCGCACCAUUGCUGAUCAUUGCCCCGACUCCACCUGUAAGAACGAUCUGCUCGCCUACCUGCAGCGUAUCGCCCUCUACUGUCACCAGCUCAACAUCUGCAGCAAAGUCAAGGCCGAGGUCCAGAACCUGGGAGGAGAGCUGGUGGUGUCAGGGUUGGACAGCGCCAUGUCGCUCAUCCAGGCCGCAAAGAACCUGAUGAACGCCGUGGUGUCCACGGUCAAGGCCUCCUACGUGGCGUCCACCAAGUACCAGAAGAGCAAAGGCAUGGAGUCCCUCAACAUGCCCGCCGUGUCAUGGAGGAUGAAAGCUCCCGAGAAGAAGCCUCUGGUCAAGAGAGAGAAGCACGACGACGGUCAGACCAACCGGGUCAAGAGGUCUUCGCACAAGAAGCACGUGAACCCGGUGCAGGCGCUGAGCGAGUUCAAAGCCAUGGAUAGUAUUUAGAUUCAGUAAAAAACAAAAAUAAUAAAAAUACACACAUGUAUGUAUCAGUGAGUUAACAUAGUAUAGAACAACGCCGUCUUAGUUCCAUCAUUUCAUAGACGCCUUGUUUUUUUUUUUUGACCAACUAUUUUCCUACAUUUCUUACAUUUUAAAGCUCGGAGUCCAGAUGUGUCUGUGACUUUGUCCUGUCUGUCCUGAAAAUACACUUGGAGGAAAGUGAACUGGACAACGGUUGUUUUUAUACUUGUUUUGUUUUUGGGGGCAGAUGGGAAAAGAAAAAUAAAUUCCACGUAAGAUGUUAUUCCAGGAGGAUUUUAACUGUUCCUUAUCCUUAACCAUUUUUGUUUUUUUUUUUUAGUUGUGCUGUAGGGUCGCUGGUUAUUUACACUAUAAUAUAAUGACUGGUACAUGAUUAUGGCAAAUAAUGACUUUAGUCUGAGCGUCAUCUAUGCAAAAAUCUAAACUGCUUUUUUUUUUUUCAAAAAAGAAAAACUCUAACUAAAAACCAACUUUGGUCACACUUUAAAGAGCCAAAGUCAAAAUACUUCAUAUUUUUUACUUUAUAUAGAUAUUUUUGUCACUAUAAAGACUUAAAUGAGAGUAAACUGACUUAAAAUCCUAUUUUUAGAGCAGUUCCACUUGUGGUUUAUAUUUCUGAAAAAGUACUGAUUAAAUGUUUUUUUUGUUUGUUUUUUUUUUCCUAAUAACUUAAGCAUCUCAAAUUAUUUGUGUUUAAAAUGUUAAUACAAUGCAGCAAACCAAAGGUGUCAGAUUGUUUUCUGCCUGACGCUUACUGUACGGCCAGCAGGUGGACUCGUUGAAGUUGGUUUUCAUCUGAAGAGCCAUAGACUAACGCGUCGUCACUGUUGGCACAGAAAGCUUCAUUAAAUGUCAAUGAGACCAAUCACUUCCAUUUCCUGAGAACGUGUCCAAAUCAAGGGAUCAAUAUGUUUUUCUCUUCAGCUCCAAGGUGAGCAGGGAGCUGGGACGGAUCUGACUCUGAAGAGUCUCCUUGUUUGUGUGUUUUUUUUGUUUUUUUUUCUUAUUUAAUGUCAAACACUAACAGGUUUUGGUGUGUACUGCACAAUCUGAGAAGGUUUGAGGUUAAGAAAGAAAGAAAGAAAGAAAAAACCCACAGAGAAGUUGAAAGGGCAGGAAGUUUAGAAGUGAAACAGGGAAAAAAAGAUUUAUCUUGCUUUGACUUCAGGUAAUGACUGUAGGACGGUCGCUCCCUGCAGCUUGUUUUGUCAGCAUUCUGCUGCAUAGUGGUGCAGUGGUGUGAGGAGCGGCUUUGAAAUCCUGCUGCUUCGGACUCUUUGUUUGGCUGCCUUGACAUCUGAGAAGUGAAGCAGAGAGAGAGAGAGAGAGAGAGGUUGUUUGAUAGGUGGAUAUUUUUAUAACUGCAGAUCUGAAUGAUGAGAGAGUGAUUAGUAUUUUUUUUAUUAUUAUUAUUUUUUUCUCAUCGUCUUGCUGUAUUCAGAGAUAGGAUUUGAUUCUGGAGUGAUAUCAAACUACUUUGCCGUGGGUUGGUUUGUUGUUUAGAGCUGGCUAUUUCAGUGCACACGUUGUAUCCAUGUGCCUGCUUUAUAUCUGAAUAAACGGUUCAAAUCAAAA